AUAACGCAAUAUAAAUAGGUUUUGAAUUUGCUGGUCUGUUCUGGCUUGGAGUUGGUACAGGAUUCUCUCUUUUAGCUCUACUGAUUUUCUCCUCAGACCACGCAACCAUGGUGUUCUUCAGGACUGUAACCGCGCUUUCUCGCCUACGUUCUCGCGUCGGACAACAAUCUAAUCUCGCCAAUUCUGUCAGAUGGCUUCAAGUGCAAACCUCUUCCGAUCUUGAUCUCCAUUCUCAGCUGAAAGAAUUGAUUCCUGAGCAACAGGAACGCCUGAAGAAAGUAAAGUCAGAGCUUGGAAAAUGCCAGUUGGGAAAUAUUACAGUUGAUAUGGUUAUUGGUGGGAUGAGAGGAAUGACAGGCCUGCUGUGGGAAACCUCAUUACUUGACCCCGAUGAGGGAAUUCGCUUUAGGGGUCUGUCGAUUCCUGAAUGCCAGAAAUUAUUACCAGCAGCAAAGCCUGGUGGGGAGCCUUUGCCUGAGGGUCUUCUGUGGCUUCUUUUAACUGGAAAGGUGCCAACCAAAGAGCAGGUUGAUGCCUUAUCGAAGGAACUGAGUGAUCGUGCCACUGUCCCUGAUUAUGUGUACAAGGCCAUUGAUGCCCUACCUGAAACAGCACAUCCAAUGACUCAGUUUGCAAAUGGUGUUAUGGCCCUUCAGGUCCAAAGUGAAUUCCAGAAGGCAUAUGAGAAGGGGAUUCAUAAAUCAAAGUACUGGGAACCAACAUAUGAGGACUCUCUUAAUUUGAUUGCUCGUGUGCCGGCCGUUGCUGCAUAUGUUUAUCGACGGGUAUACAAGGAUGGAAAAGUUAUUCCCAAAGAUGAUUUGCUGGAUUAUGGUGCUAACUUUUCACACAUGUUGGGAUUCGAUGACCCCAAGAUGCAUGAGCUUAUGAGGCUUUAUGUCACCAUCCAUAGUGACCAUGAAGGUGGGAACGUUAGUGCGCACACUGGCCACUUGGUUGCUAGUGCCCUGUCAGAUCCUUAUCUUUCAUUUGCGGCUGCAUUAAAUGGUUUAGCUGGACCACUUCAUGGUUUGGCUAAUCAGGAAGUUUUGCUCUGGAUCAAAUCUGUUGUGGAAGAGUGUGGUGAGAACAUAUCCAAGGAACAACUGAAUGAUUACGUCUGGAAAACAUUAAAUAGCGGAAAGGUUGUUCCUGGAUUUGGUCAUGGAGUCUUGCGUCAAACAGAUCCAAGAUACAUCUGUCAGAGAGAGUUUGCCUUGAAGCAUUUACCUAAUGAUCCAUUAUUCCAGCUGGUUUCUAAGCUGUUUGAGGUGGUGCCCCCAAUACUUACAGAACUGGGCAAGGUUAAAAACCCCUGGCCCAAUGUUGAUGCCCACAGUGGGGUGCUGCUGAACCAUUUUGGAUUGACUGAAGCAAGAUAUUAUACUGUUCUUUUUGGUGUAUCAAGGAGUCUUGGAAUUUGCUCUCAGCUGAUAUGGGACCGAGCUCUUGGGUUGCCACUUGAGAGGCCAAAGAGUGUUACACUAGAUUGGAUUGAAAAGAAUUGCAAGAAAGCAGCUUAAAAUGAUGGGUAAAAAGUCUUACAAAUUUGUGCAGGUAAUAAUUGCUGGAAAAGCGUAGGGUUUGGUGAUGGAUGGAGGGGCACUGUACAAUUAACAUCUUGCAUGGUUGAGUCUAAAUUUUUUUUUAUAUAAGCAGAAUGUUGUUCUGCUCUUGAUUUAAAUUUUGUUGAUGGAUGAUAUUGUAAUAAUAUUUCACGUGAAUCUCCAAAAAACUACAAUUGGAAUGAGAAAAAUGAACAAAGCAGUGUUAAUGAUUAGAAGUUGAAGGUUUUAUC